UUCAAAUUUAAAUAUAGCGCGUAGUAUUCGAUUAUAUGGACGGCUCCGAUAACAUUUCGUUCCGAUGGUUGCAAUAGAACGAGCUCGCUCAUUAGUUCAAAAGGCGGGAACUUUACAAAGUUUGUUUUUAGUGAAGUAUUAUUUUAAAUAUAAAUAUUGAAGCAAUGGAUGAGUUAGUGCCGUUGCGUAAACGCAUCACAAAUUCAUUUAAGCUGUGUGGCUUUCUAAUUCGGUCGGAGAACAGCACCUUUCUGGCUGAGCAGCUGUUGCCUUUUGAUGCAACAGAACGUGAAAAGUGGCUGACUGUGAUUACAGAGAAUUUACAAGGACAGAAGCUAGCGACACCGCAUGUGGAGCGAGAAGCGCUUGAGAAGGCUAUCAAUGAGCUUAAUCGCGUUGGCUUAGACGAGGGCGAGACUGUAUUUUCACUAAUUGAUGCGUUUACAGUGCCACGAUAUCGCUAUAAUACGCGAAUCAAAAAGUUUGAGCGGGAUGCACAGCCCCGACGUCUCCUAACACAGCCGCGCAUGAAGUCGGACUAUCUGCAGCAACGCUAUGCCAUGUUGCUUCAGAAAACCUUAAGACACGACCUGUUUGCGCCGGCAGUUAUACAGGAUGGUGUGGCGGCUGAGGCACAGAGUAAAAAAUUCAAGCUGCAGUAUGCGGAGAAUCUACUGGCGACCUCCAACAUGAAGGAGGCGGUAGUGUUGGGACUGCUUACUCAGUUGAAGGAAGGAAAAUUCUUUGUAGAAGAUCCUACAGGCUGUGUCGAGUUGGAUUUAAGCGGCGCACGCUUCCACGCUGGCUUUUUUUGCGAGGGCUGCUUUGUGUUGGCAGAGGGCAACUAUUCCAACAAUGUGCUUAAAGUUGAUGGCUUGGGCUUUCCACCGGCUGAACCGGCCACCAGCAGUCGCGCCUUCUUUGGCACUGGCAACACCUGGGGCGGCGAGUCUGCUAAGUUGCUCAAGUAUUCGCCACGUCUGCAAGAGCUUGAGCGUACCAACACAGAAACUACAAUUGUGUUCCUGUCGGAUGUACGUUUGGAUUUGCCUGUAGUUAUGGAAAAGCUGCGUCAACUAUUUGUAGGCUACGAUUCCUGUCCGCCGCAGGCCAUUGUGCUCAUGGGACCCUUCAGCGCCAGUACGCGCAAUCAUCAAGAGCUGCGUCAGCACUUGGAUGCGCUCGGUGCCCUAGCUGUGGGUUGUGAGCAACUAAAAAAGCAAACUGACUUGAUUCUCGUGCCUUCCUCUGAAGAUCCAACGGCGCCCAACAUUAUGCCACGUGCUCCGCUACCCGAAUGCCUUGCUGCUGGUCUGCUCAAGGCGUGGCCGCGCACACAGUUGGCCACGAACCCCUGCCGCCUGCAAUAUUGCACCCAGCAGAUUGUAGUCUGUCGCCUGGACCUCAUGGCCAAGUUCUGUCGCAACACUUUGCACUUUCCGCAAGAUACUUCGCAUAUAGAGCAACACUUUGCUCGUACGCUAGUCUGCCAGGGUCAUCUAGUGCCUAUACACCCAAUUGCCAUGCCUGUGCAUUGGGAUUACGAUCCAGCAUUGUGGCUGUACCCGCUGCCUGAUCUAAUUGUGAUGGGCGACAGCUGUCAAAGCUUCACAAGUACGCAGCAUGGCUGUACGGUAUUGAAUACCGGCUCCUUUGUCAAGUCCAAGUUUGCCUUUAAGGUUUAUAUACCCGCCACGCGUACCAUUGAAGAUUCAGAAAUACCAGGCGAAAUGGAACAGGCUGAUUAAACUACUGGGAUAAGCGAAGCACAUAUUUAAAUUGUAUUUCUUCAUGCGCUUUGUGUUGUGUUAGCGUGUGAAAUAUCAAAUAAUUCAUUAUAGAUUACAAUUAAAAC